AUGAGGGACGCCAUAGCUAACUGGAUACUAAGUACUGAGCAACCGUUUGCUACUGUGGAAGAUGCCAUGUUUGUGAAAAUGAUGAAGACAGCUACUUCAUUGUUUGAGAAAGUAAGCAGAGUUACAAUUACAUCAGACUGUUUUAAGGUAUACGAGCAUGAGAAGAAAAGGUUGAAAGCCCUUACAAAAGCUGCCUCUAAAAUCAGUUUAACAACUGAUUGUUGGAAGUCCUCGCAUCAGAAAAUCGAGUAUAUGGUUAUUACUGCACACUUUGUAGAUCAUAAUUGGAGAUUACAGAAACGUGUAUUAAGUUUUGUACAUGUUCCUCCUCCUCGUACUGCGGUUGAUAUUGCUGAUGGUAUUUACAAGUGUUUGCAAGAGUGGGAAAUUAAAGAUAAGAUUUUCACCAUCUCAGUUGACAACGCAGCUUAUAAUGAAAAAGCUUUAAGAAGAUUGAAAGAAACUUUUUCGCGUGUAAGAAAACUUUCAUGUGGUGGUAGAUUGUUUCAUAUACGGUGUUGCGCACACAUAUUGAAUCUUCUAGUGAAAGAUGGUCUUGCAAUAAUUGAUCAUAUCAUCGGUGAUGUUCGUGAGGAUAUAAAGUAUAUUAACGAUUCGGAGGGUAGACGACUAAAUUUUUCAAAGGCUGCACAUCAAAUGUAA